ACUUUAACCUUCACGCUCGUCCAAAAUUAUUCCACCUAGCCUAUUCAUGUUUCAUUUAACACUAAUUCUUUUCAUUUAUUAUAUACUAGUACUUCCAAGAAAUCCCCAAUCCAUUUUCAUUAAGACAGUGUUUGGUACUGAACUGAACUAAAAAAUGCUUCCAGGAGUUGAAUGUGCUAGAAGGAGACGGUUGCAUCAAAGCAGAGGAAAAGAAGGAGGAUAUGGUGAUUCCACAACAAGACGCUCAUUCUGUUUAUACACAAGAAACCUUCAAUCUACUACUUCCUCAUCAAAACCUUCUUUACUGGAAAGAAGCGUGUUAAAGCAGAAACAGUCAUUGAUUGAUGAGAAACUGGGAGGAUCAGCAAGAGAAGCCAAACGGAGAUUAGAUGAGAAGCUUAAAGCAAGUAUGAAGUCAGAAGAAAAUCAACAACAGAAAAGAAAAAGUAUUUUUGGUGGUUUAUUGCGGCAGUUUAAAUCUUAAGUAGAGGAAUCUUUAGAUCGGCAAUUCCAUGUAGUGAAGUGAUACUUUAUUUAGCCUUUGUAAUUUGUUAUUUAUAAGUACAGUAGUUUCUAAAGUUUA